UCGGGCGACGGUUCGCCAGGAUGUAUCUUAUGACGGUUCGCCUGGAUAAACAUUAUCUUUACCCCUUUCCUUCUUUCCCUCUCCUUGUCCUUCUCGAUUUCGGUUUCCUCGUGUAUCGCGGAUUCUUCAUCUUGGUUCCUCUCAGAAAGCAAGGAUGGAAAGUCCACAGGGACAGGAGAGCAGGGCACUCUGCGGCGAUGCGCCGAGUUUUAAAUUUGUUCCUAAUGGCGGAAUCCGGAAAUCCAUAUUGGUAUCAAGGUCAGAGCAGCGGGAGUGCUGUCUCAAGUACUAGCUAUGGCGUUCCGGGGGUUUCGAUGAACUGCGCUUGGCGUUCGGCAUUGAUGCGCAACCCAGGGGCGACGCAGUGGUCGAAGGAGGAACAAACAACCCUCGAAAGAGGUCUCGUUGAAUAUACUGGAUAUCCGGUCUUUCUUCGCAACUUAAAUAUCUCUGUAGACUUGCCGACUAAAACUGUCCGAGAGGUGGCACUCCGACUUCAAUGGAUGGAAAAGAGAUCUGGAAUGCGCAUGAAGGACCAGGGAAGUAUACAAAUUCCUUCAACAGAAAAGAUGGAUAUUAUGGAAGAACUUUCCUUGGAUGAAACUGUACUUCCAGGGAAAGAACUUGUAGAAAACGAACAGAUCUUUGCUCAAGUUUCUUCAAAUCUUGCAUCUUUCCAGAUUCAUGAAAACGUUAAUCUCUUGGCCAUUGCUUGGGACAACGUCAACAAAAUUCGGGACUGGUCAACCAAAAUGGACAAAGUAAUGGGGCGGAUGCCGCCCAUGCCAGCGAUGAUAGAUGAGAACUUGCUCAAGUUUAUUCUUAGAAAGUGACCUCUUAUGGUUGGCGUGCUCGGCAUCAGAUGCAAGAACUUCUUGUUUUUUAAAAGUUCCAUAUUAUGGAGCAGUUAGUCAUGUUAAUUGAGCUCGACUUAAAGUGAUUUACUUGUUUCCUUCGUCACUUUCAGCUACCAUCCAUGUCUUGAUUGAUUGGACGGACAUUCAAAAUUUAUUUUCUGGAUAUGAUUAAUGAUCAACAGCAAGGAUCUCGAUAUCGAAUUUUGCGAA